AUAGUGUGAAGAUAUUACUCCAAUAAAAGUUUAAAGUGAAAAAGAAAUAGUAAUAAUGAGAAGCACAGAAGGAAGAGAAUCUAAUGACGAAGAGUAGUGAUGACAGCUUACUGAAAUUUGGCAUUUGCAUGAAAUCCAACAAAGAUUUGGAUUCAAGUCGAGAACGGACAAAGUUCUUCCCCAUGUACACCUUCCACCUUAUCUUUCCUCUGUCUCACUCUCUCCAUUUUAAACCACCGAACCCACUGUGUACAUAUCAACACUAUGUACAUUUGCUCAUUAAAUAGAACUUGAAACUACUUACUACUAGUCAUUCCAAAGGCUGAUGAACUUGGAUUCUCUUCUCUAUAUAUAUUUCUAAUUUUCUAUCACAACACACGACCACCCCAUCUACUCUGUCGCUUCAUUCUUUUUCAUUGAGAAGAUUAGAAUGUCUAUUCCCCUUGUACUUUCACUGAGUCCUUUCUAGUUACACUGUUUCUCUAGUACAUAUAAGUCACAAAGCAAGAAGACAUACUUCAUAUAUAUAUAUAUAUAUAUAUAUCUGCAUUUAUAAACUUGUGAUGGCUCUAGCAACUUCAACAACACCUCUGCUGAAUGAUCCCAGUAUUCCUAUGUUGAAAUCAACUCAUGAACAAGAAAAAAAGCAUCCACCAACCAUUUCAGAGGUUGCGGAAGAGAUCAAGUUGCUAUAUUCAAUAGCAUUUCCCAUCAUUGCUGCUGGAUUGCUUAUAUAUGGAAAAUCAAUGAUAUCAAUGCUGUUCAUGGGUAGAUUAGGUAAAGAAGAACUUGCUGGUGGAUCUUUAUCUAUUGGCAUAGCAAAUAUCACUGGCUACUCGGUUCUUUCUGGUCUUGCUAUGGGUAUGGAGGCUAUAUCUUCUCAAGCUUGGGGUGCUAAGCAAUGGCCUCUAAUGGGUCAAACUCUACAACGUACAAUCUUGAUUCUGUUAUUUUCAUCCAUCCCCAUUUGUCUCUUGUGGCUAAAGAUCGAACCUUUACUUCUUUUAUGUGGCCAAGAUCCAACCAUUUCAUCAAUUGCUUCUACUUAUCUAGCAUUCUGCCUUCCUGAUCUUUUCUUUCAAUCCCUUAUCAAUCCUCUCAAAAUCUACUUGAGAACUCAGAAUGUCACUUUCCCUCUUACUUUUAGUGCUGCUUUUUCACUUGCUCUGCACGCACCUAUCAACUAUAUCCUUAUCUAUAACCUUGGCCUUGGCAUUAAAGGCGUCGCUAUGGCUGUGGUGAUAGCUGAUUUCAAUCUACUCAUUGUUCUUUUUCUUUAUGUUAAUCUUUCUGGUGUUCAUAGAAAAUCUUGGCAAGGUUGGUCAGCUGAAUGUUUUGAUGGGUGGAAACCAAUUUUGAGUCUUGCAGUUCCUAGCUGCAUUUCUGUAUGCUUAGAGUGGUGGUGGUAUGAAUUGAUGAUAUUGUUAUCAGGGGUACUUUUUAAUGCUGCAGAGGCGGUGUCUACUAUGGGAAUUCUAAUACAGGCAACUUCACUUGCUUAUAUAUUUCCAUCGGCACUAAGUUUAGCUGUUUCCACAAGAGUUGGAAAUGAGUUAGGGGCAAACCAACCUAGUAAAGCAAAGACUUCAUGUCAUGUAGCAACUUUAUGUGCUAUAUUUACUAGCUUCAUAGCAAUGCUAUUUAUGACAACAUUUAGAAAUGCUUGGGGCAAGGCUUUUACGGAUGACGAGGCGAUUUUGUCACUGACAGCGGCGGCGAUGCCGGUGGUGGGGUUGUGUGAAUUGGGCAACUGCCCACAGACCACCGGUUGUGGUGCUUUGAGGGGAAGUGCAAGGCCAGCUUUGGCUGUUCAUAUAAACUUGGGCUCUUUCUAUGGGGUUGGGUUGCCUCUGGCAAUUAUAUUGGGCUUUUUUAUGAAAAUGGACUUGUUGGGCCUUUUCUUGGGCUUGUUGGCUGCUCAAGGUGUUUGUGCAUGUCUCAUGGUUUUUGUGUUGAGUAGAACAGAUUGGAUGAUGCAAGCCCAGAGAGCUAGAGAGUUGAUUGGUAUUGAUGAGGAGGAUGAAACUAUAUCAAUUAAAACUGUUUACUAGAAAGUAAUAUGUUUAUCUGUUUUUACCCUUGUAUACUGAUCUAUAUAUAAGAAUAGGACGGUGGUAUGUAUCCUCCUUUUUCCUAUUUCU